AUGCCGCAAAAAGAAUUCUGCCCCAAGAGCUAUCAAGAGUCCCCUGCUGGGACUCAGGAUCCCUCCUCUGUAUACCUUCGUUCAAGUCCGCAAGAGAGAUCCUUUGAAUUUUCGUUUGAACCAAUCCGUGAAAACCUAUUCCGAGUCACCUUCUCAUCUGCAACCCACCCCAUUCCUCCCUAUCCCAGUGUGAUCAAGCCGGCGACAAAUCUGGACGGCGUCCAGGUAUCGACAACCAGUGGCCAGAACCAGAAGACCAUUGAAGUGGGAGAUGUCACAGCCUCAAUUGAGUGGACCAACACUCCGGUCGUCUCGUUAUCAUGGAAGGGCUCGAAGAAACCCUUGUAUCGUGAUCUGCCUCUGCGCUCCUAUGUCGCGGACGCAACUGGCGUCGCGCACUAUACAGAGCAUGACCGUGAUGCUCUCCAUGUUGGACUGGGAGAAAAGAGAGCUCCCAUGGAUCUCACCGGCCGCCAUUUCCAGCUCUCGGCCACAGACAGCUUCGGAUAUGACGUCUACAACACCGACCCUCUAUACAAGCACAUUCCGCUGUUAAUCAAAGCCUCUCCUGAUGGAUGCGUGGCUAUCUUCUCGACAACGCACGGCAGAGGAACCUGGUCCGUCGGUUCGGAGGUGGACGGCCUCUGGGGCUAUUUCAAAACCUACCGUCAAGACUACGGUGGUCUCGAGCAAUACCUGAUUGUCGGAAAGACCCUUAAGGAUGUUGUGAGAUCCUAUGCAGAGCUGGUCGGUCUCCCCAUUCUGGUUCCCCGAUGGGCAUAUGGGUACAUCUCAGGCGGGUACAAGUACACCAUGCUUGAUGACCCGCCUGCGCAUAUAGGAUUGAUGGAAUUUGCGGACAAGCUCAAAGAGCACGGCAUUCCCUGCUCUGCACACCAAAUGAGCUCCGGAUACUCCAUCGCGGAAACGGAACCCAAAGUCCGCAAUGUCUUCACCUGGAACAAGCACCGCUUCCCCAACCCGGAAGAAUGGAUUGCCAAGUACCACUCUCGGGGCAUUCGCCUCCUCACAAACAUCAAGCCGUUCCUGCUCGCAUCGCACCCCGAUUUCAAGAAACUUGUUGAUGCAAAUGGAUUCUUCAAGAACCCUGAAGACAACAAGCCGGGCUAUAUGCGACUGUGGAGUGCUGGAGGCGCAACCGGAGGUGACGGAUGCCACAUCGACUUCUCCUCAUCCGUUGCAUUCAAGUGGUGGUAUGACGGAGUUCAAAGCUUGAAGCGCGCUGGAAUUGAUGGCAUGUGGAAUGAUAACAACGAGUACACGCUUCCGGACGAUGAUUGGCAGCUAGCUCUGGAUGAGCCUACCGUCUCCGAUGCCGCCAAAAAGGGUGUUGAGAACACUGUCGGACUCUGGGGUCGUGCCAUGCACACCGAGCUCAUGGGCAAAGCCUCCCACGAUGCCCUGCUUAACCUCGAACCCAAUCAAAGACCUUUCGUCUUGACCCGGAGUGCUACCGCAGGAACGAUGCGUUACGCUGCCAGCACCUGGAGCGGAGACAACGUUACCAGCUGGGAAAGCAUGAAGGGAGCAAACGCUCUGUCCCUCAGCGCAGGCAUCUCACUCCUGCAGUGCUGCGGUCAUGAUAUCGGAGGUUUUGAAGGUCCUCAGCCCUCGCCCGAACUGCUUCUCAGAUGGAUCCAAUUGGGCAUCCACUCCCCCCGUUUCGCCAUCAACUGCUUCAAGACCUCUCCCGGAAACAGCUCGGUCGGAGAGGUCAUCGAGCCGUGGAUGUACCCCGAGAUCACACCUCUUGUCAGGGACACUAUUAAGCGUCGUUACGAGAUCCUCCCCUAUAUUUACUCUCUCGGCCUGGAGAGCCACCUGACCGCAUCCCCACCCCAACGCUGGGUAGGCUGGGGCUAUGAAUCCGACCCAGAGGUCUGGACAAAGGCACUCAAGUCUGGGGAUGAGCAGUUCUGGUUUGGUGACACCAUCCUGGUCGGAGGCGUCUACCAGCCUGGUGUGAGCGUUGCCAAGAUGUACCUACCCCGAAAGGCAAAUGAUCAGUUCGACUUUGGAUAUGUGAACAUGAACGAGCCGUACAACUACCUCGCUUCCGGCCAAUGGGUUGAAGUCUCGUCCGAAUGGAGGAAGAGCAUCCCCCUCUUGGCCAGGAUCGGUGGCGCUAUCCCCGUCGGCAAGCCCAUCCAUACCAGGGUGCCCGGCGAUGAGACUCCAGCCUCGGUGGCCGUGGAAGAGAUCGACGAUUACAGAGGAGUCGAAAUCUUUCCACCCCGUGCCAGUUCUCAUGGACAGGUCUUCAGCACUGCCUGGUUCGAAGACGAUGGAAUCUCGCUUAACCCGAGCAUCUCACAAUACACUAUCAGCUAUAGCUCCACAGAAGAGAAGGUCGUCGUUGGAUUCACCCGGGAUGAGAAAUCUGGGUUUGUUCCUGCUUGGAAAGAACUUGAUAUCAUCCUUCACAACGGUGAUGAGAGACGCGUCGUUUCUGAUAUUGGGAAGGCUGUGGAAUACAAGGGCAAGGACUCUCGGGGCCGGGUGGUGUAUACCUUGAAGAAAUAGGGUCUUUUGGUUUCAGCAUUAUAUGUGGGGUUUCGAAAUGUCACUG